AUGGCCUCAGGGGAUCUUAUCGACUUCAACGUCAUCGAAUCACACAAGGAGAACAUCGAGGCUCUUCCCAGUGGACGAUCGGCAAAGGCACUGGCACAGCUUUAUUCACCACCUCCGCUAGGCGCCAACCCAUCGCCUGUGACCGUACAAGAUGCUCACGCGAAAGAGCGCGAACCAUACGAAAAGGAGCUGGCCAACAUAGAGGAUGCAGACGACCCGCUGGAUGUAUACGAUCGAUACGUGAAGUGGACGCUGGACACAUACCCGUCCCCACAGGCCAGACAAACACAGCUCCUGCCUCUGCUCGAACGCGCGACAAAGUCAUUACAGUCGUCAGCACAUUACAAGAACGACCCACGGUAUCUCAAAUUGUGGCUGCAUUACAUCCGACUCUUCUCUGACGCGCCAAGGGAGAUCUUCGCGUAUCUGGCGCGUCAUAACAUCGGCGAAGGACUUGCGUUAUACUACGAAGAAUUUGCGGCAUGGCUGGAGAGUGCUGGGCGGUGGAAGCAGGCAGAAGAAGUCUACAAGAUGGGUUUGGAGAGGGAAGCACGCCCUGCUGAGAGAUUAAUGCGCAAGUUUGGCGACUUCGAGCGAAGGAAAGAAGCGCGACCAGAGGAUGCAACAGAGCCCACAAGUCCUGCAGUGCCGACAGCAAGACCGGCUCUCGCUGCAAAAGCCGAUCUGUUCGCAACGUCAUCCCCGGCAGCUGCACAGCAACAAGCUCGAUCAACAGCAGCGAAGAAGAGCAAGAGCUCGAAACUAGCCAUUUUCUCCGAUGCCGAGGAGCCAGCGAGACCCGAUUCUGGAAGCCGCAGCAAAGGCUGGGACAACAUUGGAACGAUCGCAGAGCGCAAGAAGGAGAACUCGAGAGAGGCCAAGCCUUGGACCGGCGAGACUCUGAAGGGCGGCAAGACGAAUGGCGGCAUGGAGAAAUUGAUGGUAUUCAAGGAUGAGCACGUGCAAAAGUCCUUGUCAAGUGGUACUCACCAGCAGCAGUGCGCCAUGAACCCGAAGACGAAGCGAUUAGAGUGCGUUUUCGUCAACCUCGAAGCGGUAUACCCGGAUUUCGAUGGGAGCGAGUACUGCUUCGAGGAGCUGCAGGCCCGGCAUCGAGGUUGGCUGGAUCGGGAGUGGAGUCGGGGGAGGGAGAAGACGCCAGCAAUGCAGACGAAGCCAGCUGUCGUCGAAUCGAAGCUAGAUCUCCAGCUUGACACGACGAGUAUGUUCGAUCGUGUACCUCUGCCAGCGGAAGAGGUACAGCUCGAGAUGCCCAUGGAGCAGACGAAGCCCAAGCAGCGUGGCUUCAAAAUCUUCGAAGAUACAGCUCCUGUACAGGCUUCCGUUGACGACCAUAUACGAGAGGAGCGAGCGCUUGUCGAGAAGUUCUCCAAGACCCUAGCACUCAAUGAUGAGAAUGAUGAGAACGCACCGAUGCCUAAGCCGUCGAGAGAAGCGGACCUGGCGAAGCGCAUACGUCGGGAGGAGCGUGCGAAUCGAACACGCAAGAUCCAGGUGAUGGACGUCAAGCAUAUCAAGAACGAGACCAAGACCAUUCAGCUUAACCUCGACUCACCGACAGGCCCGAAAAUAAAGCGAAAGAAGUCUACUGACAAAGCUGAGCCGACAAUGACGAUUAAUACUAAGGAAGCCCUGGACGAGAUAUAUGGCAUCUUCAAUCAGCCACUACCUUCACAAACUGAACAGUCGGAUGCCGAAGAAGAGGACAGUGAGGACGAUUAUACGACUGGUGACGAGAGUACAGCCACUGGCAAGCUUUCUGGAACAGCUAGCGAAUAUGGCGAUGAGACCAGGAAUGAGCUUCUUGAAGCGCAAGAGGCAAUACCAGCUUCUGAUCCAGACGGCCAAACAAAUGUUACUGGGUGGUCCGACUUCACAACCAGCAAGCACAUGCCUGGAGAAAUCGACGACAGUGCUCCUCCCUCUGCGCAGAGCACAACCUGGGAGGUGUAUACCGAUUCUGCCCAUGCCGAUGAGAUGCAGCAGGAAGAGGAGCUCGUGACACCACAAGAAGAAAAUCCACGAACGCAAUAUGUGCCCAUGCCACCCGAGGACUACGAGGCAUCUUCAGCCCAAUACCGUGAUGCCGCCAUGCUACCGAACCACAGACUACCGUUUAUGACGCCCAUAGUAGAGCAAACCGAAUCCUCCUUCGGCGUAGCAACAGUCAGAACCGAGAAAGACUACUUCCACGCCAAAACACCAAGUCGAAAAGUAGGUGCACCGGAACCCCUCCCCGAAGACGACGAAAUCUACAGCAGUCCCUUCCAAGAAAUCAUCCCUGGCCUAGCUGAAGACAAACGAAAAGUCCUCCAGCCCAUCCGAACCAAGACGACCAAAGGCACCAUCGCCCUAGGCCAAGGCACAGCCAAAUCCCAACUCGCCGCCAAAUCCCGGCCAUCAUCCUCCUCAGCCUCCGAACCAGUCCAGAAAGGCCCCUUAGUCAAAGACGAACAAUGCAACCCCAUGGACCCAUCCAUACGCCAGACCAUCCUCUCCCAACUGAGACCUUCCCUCACGUCCUACGAAGGCUACCACGAACACCUAGACCAAACCUCCGGCCGCACAGCCGAGAUGCGAAAAUACGUCAAGACCCUCGCCAAGGCGUCGCGGAGUAGCGUAAACCUGGACAAGACAGCCCAGACCCUCUCCCUCCCACCCAUGCUCUCCUUACCCGGCGCAGAGGGGAUCUACACCCUCAAACGCCAACUAGGCGAAGGAACCUUCGCCCCAGUCUAUCUCAUCGAGAACAGCGCCGAAGCACCACCACCACCACCAUCAUCAACAACAGAAGAGCACAUCGGCGAGAACCGCCCCCCCUCACGCAUGGGCAAAAGCACACACCGCACGCACCUCGAAGCCCUGAAAAUGGAAGAUCCGCCCAGCACAUGGGAAUUCUACAUGCUCCGACAAUCGCACCGACGCCUCGGCGUCUCGCGCGCCAGCUCCUCGAUCGUGCGGGCGCACGAAAUGCAUCUCUACCGAGACGAAUGUUUCCUGAUAGAAGAUUAUCGCUGUCAAGGCACCCUCUUAGAUCUCCUCAACAUCGCGCGAUUGGAAAACAUUUCCUCCGGCGCCACGGCGACGGGAGGAGGCGGGAUGGACGAGAUGAUGGCGAUGUGGAUUUCUGUUGAGCUACUCCGGACGGUGGAGGGUUUGCAUAGUAAGCAGCUUAUCCAUGGCGAUCUGAAGGGGGAUAAUGUACUCGUGCGCUUCGACGACCCCGGGGUGGAGACGGACUGGAGUCCUACGUACUUCCCCUCUGGCGCGCACGGCUGGGCGAGUAAAGGGAUCUCUCUGAUCGAUUUCGGGAGGGGGAUAGAUAUGAGGCAGUUCGUCCCCGGGGUGGCUUUCAUCGCUGACUGGAAGACCACCGAAGCAGAUUGUGCUGAGAUGCGGGAGUUGCGGCCUUGGACUUAUCAAAUCGACUAUCAUGGCCUGGCGGGGAUAAUUCAUUCGCUGCUGUUUGGGAAGUACAUGGAAACCAUCGGGACGAAAGAUGGGACCGCGUUGGGCCAGGGCGCGACGAAGACGUAUCGGAUCCGGGAGAGUCUGAAAAGGUAUUGGCAGACGGAGAUAUGGGCGGAGGUGUUCGAGCUGUUGCUUAAUCCGCUGGCGCAUUUGGAGGGGGAGGAGGGGGGGAAGAUGCCGGUUUUGAGGGGGUUGAGAGGGGUUAGGGAGAGGAUGGAGGGGUGGCUUGAGGAGGGGGGGGAGAAGGGGGUGGGGUUGAAGGGGAUGAUUGGGCGGAUGGAGAUGGUUAUUCGGGAGAGAAAGAGGAAGGGUGGGAAGGUUGUAUAG